AUGACGACGCAGCCACUGGCACACUCCGCAGUGCCCGCGGCUGAUAUUUGGGAGUUCCUCUUCGAACGGCCAUCUCUCCCUUUCCCUCAAGAUCAUGUCAUAUUUCGCUCAGCGACCACCGAUGAUCAAUGGACCUACCAUGGACUUCGAGAACGCGCAGAGCAAUUUGGCCGUGCGCUACAAUCGAGCUGGCGAUGGGCUAAAGAUGAUGUUCUCCUGGUGAUGGCUCCGAAUGACAUCGACACCCCGCCUGUUAUAUGGGGAUGUCACUACGCGGGCGGCAUCGUGGCUCCCGUCAAUCCAGCUCUAUCAAUUCAGGAUCUUCAUCAGCAGAUCGAACGUAGCGAGGCGCGCGGACUGGUAGUUCAUCCAGAUUGCCUUCUUGUCGCUCUCAAGGCUGCUCGAAUAGCUAAUAUCCCCACGGAUCGCAUCCUCGCUCUGCGCUUCGACCAACAACUUCCGACAAAUGAUGGUGUAUCUACUGUGGAACAAUUUAUCGCUAAUGCCAAGGUGGCUCCGGAUAUGAUGCGUUACCGCCCGAAGAUUGACCCACGAAGAGAUACAGCUUUCCUGGUUUACUCGUCUGGGACAACAGGUCAUCCGAAAGGAGUAAUGGUAUCGCAUCGAAAUGUGGUCGCAGAUGUCUUCCUGCAAUCGCUCGUCGAAAGUGCACAUAUAGAUUGGCGCCGGGAUAGGACGUUGGCUGUAUUGCCUAUCUACCAUAUAUACGGGUUGGUUUGUCUCGUCCAUGCACCUCUCUAUCUCGGGACAACCACGAUCUAUAUGGACAAGUUCGAGCUUAUCCGGUUUUGCCGCUCGAUUCAAGACCAUAGAAUCACACACGCCUUUGUUGCGCCGCCGAUUGUGCUUCAUCUUACAAAAAGCGAUAAAGUGAGUGAAUACAAUUUACGAUCGCUUCGCAUGAUCACGUCUGGCGGUGCUCCUCUACCCGCGAAUCUCAUAACCGAACUCUACGAGCGACGAAAACUCCCGGUUCGGCAAGCCUAUGGACUUUCAGAAACUACAUCCAUUACACACAUUCAGCGCUGGGACGACUGGAAAAAUGGCAUUGGGUCCAACGGACCGCCACUUCCGGGAGUUGAAGCUAAAUUUGUUGUUGGUGAUACCCGAACAGCUGCUUUGGGAGAGGAAGGUGAAUUAUGGAUUCGAGGUCCUGUUGUUUUCAACGGCUAUCGUGGAGAGCCCGAGUUGACUGCAGGCUGCAUGACGGCGGAUGGAUGGUUCAAGACAGGUGAUAUUGGACACGAAGAUAAGCGUGGGAACAUGUUCAUCACGGAUCGCUCCAAGGAUUUGAUCAAGUUCAAGGGCUAUCAAGUACCACCUGCUGAGCUCGAAGACCUGAUCAUCAAGCAUGAAGCAGUAGACGAUGUUGCUGUGAUUGGAAUCAUGAACGAAAGUCUUGCAAGUGAGGUGCCGUUGGCUUAUAUUGUGGUCAAGCCUGGUACACCGGAGGACGAAUCGACAGCAAAGCUGCUCCUCGAUCAUGUCAAGAAUCAGACAGUGAACUACAAACAUCUCCGAGGAGGCAUUAUUUUCACGAAAGAAAUCCCAAAGGGUUCAUCUGGCAAGAUUUUGAAGCGAGUGCUUCGGCAGCAAGCGACAGCCGAGGGGGUACAUCGCGUUGGAGCAAAGGAGUAUGGGAAAUAUGCACGGGAGGUGAAACUGUAA